GCAAUUUCUCAGUUACACCCUUUCUUUCCGUCUUCAUCUCCUGGGGGGAGAGCUUCAAAUUUUCUCUCAAUUCCUUCUAACUGUUUGAGGAAUCGCUAUCCCCAUUUUCGUUAAGGUCGGUUGUCGAAGUACAGUGAAAAUGUCUUCAUCCACGGCUACUUUGCCAAUGCUUACAAUAUCAGCUAGGAGACCUCAAGGUAGAAUGGGUGCCCAGUUUAAUGCGCUCAACUUACGAGCAGGGAUGUUUCAAAGCAUGAAAUCAAUCAAACUUGCAACUAAAAUGCAGGCCAGAUCUAUCAAACUUGCGACUAGGAUGCAGGCCAGAUCUGUAAUAUGUGCUGCUAUGAAUGCAAGAUGUGGUGCAGAACAAACCCAAACUGUUACACGCGAGUCCUCAACAAUUACAGUUGCUCCUGUUCAAGGAAAGGAAAAAUCACCCGACCUUGACGAUGGAGGGACUGGAUUGCCACCUGGUGAUGAUGGAGAUGGCGGUGGCGGUGGAGGUGGCGGGGGAGGCUGGUCGUCAGGGGGGUUCUUCUUUUUCGGAUUUCUUGCGUUUCUCGGCUUUUUGAAGGAUAAAGAAAGUGAGGAUCCUUACCAAAGUGACAGGAGAAGAAGAUGAAUCCAGCAUGUAGCUCUAUAGAACACCCACACCAUAGUUAUAGAGAUAUCUACCUGAAUGUUCUCAUUCUAUCAACUCGGUUUGUUUUCUGUCAUGGAGAAUGUCCAGUGGUUCCCCUUGAUUGAACCCCAAAAGCGGCUCAGCAUGGAUAUAUGGUACUUACUAAGUAGGCAUCCCAGUUGGGUUUUUGUUUUGGUUUAUUUAGGGUCAUAUAGGUAGGGAUCUGGAUCCCCAGACAUACCGGGUAUCUGGUUGGAGAUAUGUAAAAUCCAACCCUCCUGCAUUUUGCUGUGUCCUAAUAUAAAUCAAAUCGAAACUAUAUGUCUAAUGGUAGAGGACCAAGUGGGAUUCAUAUUAUAUUUGGAUGUUUAGUAUUAUUAUAUUUGGAUGUUUAGUAUGCAAAAGAUAAACAGAUGGGGAAUGUUAUUGUAUUUGCUGUAUGUCAGAUUUUUAUUCCAAGGUGGAAGGAAUUGUCAUUUUUAUCUGU